AUGACGGCUCCAGAACUGCCCCACGAGAUCCUCUCUCUCUUUGCCAAGUCCGUCUCUGAAAUCUACUCGACCGUAUGGGUCCAAAGCCCAUCCGAAAGCGACAGCGUCUUCAUCGGCCGUGAUUCAGAGCCCCGAAAGAAAGUUGGAUUGACCCAAGAGCAGCUGGACGAGAUCACCACCGGACCACAACCAUGGCGACAGGCCCGCCGGGCGGCGAUUCGCCAUAUUUUCUACUGGGUUGCGGUGCCGCAUUGGCUGGAGGACCGCACUAGGGAGCGUCAAAGUCCCGAUAGGAAUUCGGAGCAGCAUUCGUACGACAAUCCGUUGCGUCGCGAGAAUGAUGAGGCGUUCUCGACGGGUGUGCAAGCCUUGUUCGAGUACUUGUCGUCGCCGUCGUGGGCGGAGAGAUCUGCGUUGUUGACGUUGAGUGUUGUGCUUCAGGCGGAGAAAGUACAUACUACAGACAUGAAGGUUGAGCCUGGAACGGGUCUCAUCGAGCUCAACAAAUUGCCUCUUGCAUGGUACACGGGGACAUUGAGGAGCGGAACUACUUUAAAACCAGUCAGCUGCGUUCGAGCAGUCGAAUUCCCUAGAGUCUACGCUACCGCUAAUGGAGAGCAGAACAUGAUUUCAUUGCCUGCACAAGUACGGAUCCUAUCGGCGUGUGGCGACUGCGACGCUCUUGUAGAAGCCAAUCUCUUCGGAUCCUACUACAUGGGCAAUCAAAUUUCACUCCUAACCCAGAAGCGCAACGACACGGCCAAAGUCCUGCACCUCCUUCCCAAACGGAUCCAAACGCUGCACUUGGAAUGGUGCGACGAGAUCUCACCUCAUGUGUUCGAGCAGCGGACGCAGCCGCAAUAUCAGUUGGCCGUACGAUCUGACGCGCUCUCGCGGGCCUUGCACAGCGUAUCUAUGCAAUUAUGCGAACUGUACAUCGUGCAGUUGGACAUGACAUCCGACUUCUUCCGUCUUUCCAAAGACGAACACCAAUCCACCGUCCUAUGGCCCCACCUCGAAACCCUUCGACUGACAUUCAACCCCACCGCAACCCCGACCGGUCAGCCUCUGAUCUACGAAUACUGGCCCGACGGAGAAGACGGCGGCGCCAUGCCCCUCACAUCCUGGCAGCAACCCGGACCGAAACGGCUCGAGUACGUCGAGAAUGGAGAUUCCAGCUUCUCCAUCGUGCCUGGAUUCUUCGACGAUCUGUACGCCAGCGCCGGGUACGCCGCGCAGAAAAUGCCGAAGAUAACGAGUCUGCUGCUGUCGUGGGAGGAGGGAGAUACCCAGGAUCUGGAAUUGAAGUGCAGGGGAAAUAAAUGGGUGCUGGAAUUGUACUCGUUCUACGGGUAUUCGCCGUGCCAGGAGGUGUUGGAUGCGUGGCAGAUCCCAGAGGGAAAGAUGAAAAAGCGGCUCCGGGUUUUGGAGACCGAGUUUGACUCUUGGCCGCCAUCGCCGCUUGGACGUGAGUAG